AUGCUCUUCUCCCAGUUCCACGAACGUCUUGAACACAACCUAGCGAAGCACAACCUCAGCGUCAAGAGCCUCCUCGACAUGUACGACUUCCCAAACCUUCCCAGGUCAAUCCAACUCAAUGUCAUGAACAGAUUCCACGACUCGCUGGAGCCGCAAUGCCGCCGCAGAUCCAGCUGCGGGGUGAGGAUGCUAGAAGAGUCCCUGGAACAACAGGUUUCGCCCUCGUUGUUUCUCUGGAGAGCCUCUGUGUUUGUUGCCACUCGGGCCGAGGCUGCCGCUAAAAUUCGAGUGGAAAAGCAAGGGACUCAAGCGGCUGAGGACGCAAUCUCCAAGGUGAAGCAGGUGGCAGAGUUUCAGAAGAAAGUGGCAAUUACCAGAGCUCUGGGACGAGCGAAGCGCGAGGCUGCCGCUGAGCGUGCCCAAGCGGUACUGCUAGUCAAACAGCAGGCUGUGCGAAGCACUUUCGCGGCUGUCCUUAAAGCUGUGGCCUCCGGACGGGAGAGGCUCACCCAGGCCAUCGAGGCAGAGCGGCAGCAGCACCGAUUAGCCCUCGAGAAAGCAAUGGGUUCGGCUGCAGCGGAGAAAGCCCUUGCGCUUGGGAAGGCUGUCGACGCCGCACGAGCCUGUAUCGUGUGCUACGAGGACCAGGCGUCACAAAUGCCGUACACUUGCCAGCACGCGAUGUUUUGCAAUGGAUGCGCAGUACGCAUCGUACAUGCUAAGAACGGGUGUCCAAUCUGCCACAGAAGGAGUGUCCGUCCUAAGAAGAAGUGGCGCGUGUUCCUCCCGUAA